AUGAUGAUGGCCACCUGGGCCGCUGCGGCCAUGGCAGCUGCUGCUUCUGGAACUAACCAUCCACUGACGGACCCUUCUGUGCCACUCAACAACCAGACUCAAAAGUUACCCGAAUCCCAGCCCAAUUCGAAUGCACUGAAAAUUCCCUACCCUCCAGCACCAUUCCCUUUCCAUCCGGUAAAUCCGACUCUACCGACCGGUUCUGGCAAAUUCGCUCCUCGUGGACCUGUUCCAUCUGAUUUAAGACACGGGUCCGCAUAUGCGAAUAUCCUGGCCAAUGAUAUCAUGCAUACAAAAUAUCCCGACUCGUCCGUUGGCUCUACACGCGGUUUAAUGAACAGGUCCAUGCAUAACCAUCCGGCCCCGGUUGAUUUCACAAAAGUACCGCAUCCUUGGAAUUGGGCUUUCGGUUUUCCACCGGCAAUCCCAACGGCUCCCCCACCGCCGCCACCGCCGCCGCCACCACAACCAGCACCACCCACAGUUCAAGCUCCCAGUCCGGUAACAUCAGCCUCAUCCAGUGUGACACGGCCCACAUCAACAAAAGGGUUAAGCGAUCCGGAUAACCGGAUCGGGAAAGGACGAACUGUGGAAAAUAUCCAUCCGGUCGAAUCGAUGGAUCACAGUGAUCAUGAUCUGGGUACCCGCGUGCCGUCUUGUCCCUCGAUUUCCUCGUUAGACGCAGCCUCAGCUUCACCUCCUCUGGAUGUUUGCAAUGCACCCGAUCUUGGCCAACAGUCCAGUCCAGAGUCAAACCAGGGGCGGGAUUGUCUUUCACCACUUUGGUGGAUCAAUCUUACCCAACCGAAUCGCGCUCAGGAACAAUCACACCGUAUUCCACCCGGCCGAACGGUGGAGAAAAACGGUCCGCUAAAUAUGCACAUGCUUCGACUCGGUCCCGGACAAGAUCUACGUGCCUGUCUCUCGCAUUAUGUAACCAGUCAACACUUGAACGGAGCAUUUGUGGUCACGUGUUGCGGGAGUGUACGAAAUGCACGCCUACGAUUGGCCAAUUUGGAGGUGAAAGAAUUCGGCGGCCCGUUCGAAAUCGUCUCGUUGGUUGGGACGUUAGAUUGUGAGGGACAGCCGCAUCUUCAUAUCGCACUGGCCGAUUCCACCGGAGCUGUAUGUGGCGGGCAUUUGCUUGGACCGAGUCGUAUUCAUACGACAGCAGAAUUAGUCUUGGGUGUUGUCGAUUUUGCCCCAACAAAGACUGUGACUACGAGUUCACCUAGCGCGAAAGAACUCAAACGACCUGCGUCCAAAAUGACGGCCGAAGUAGAAGGGGAACAGCCGCUUAGUUUGUCCACCAGUCUGUCUCCGAAAUCACCGACAGAUCAUUCGGAUGUCACUGCGGCUUCAGUGGAUGCGCGAAGUAAAACUCCAAGACUGGAAUCUCAGUUACGUAUUCGAUUGGUGCGUAAAACUGACCCGAGCACAGGCUUCAAAGAGUUGACUGUGGAGUCGACAGGCGCUGCAGUUUGA